AUGGAUCUGAGGCCACCUUUGUUGCUCUUGCUGUGGACUUUUGUGCUGGCUCUGGAACUCCUGGUCGGGGGCGUGGUGGGCCAGCACCUCUACACCAACACCUGGGCUGUACGGGUCCCUGCCGGGCCAAAGGAAGUGGAAAGGCUGGCCCGCAAGCAUGGCUUUGUGAACUUCGGCCCGAUCUUGGAUGACUAUUACCUCCUGUGCCACCGAGCUGUGGCAAAGCGGUCGCUCUCCCCCCACAGAGCCUGGCACAGCUCCUUGAGCAGGGAGCCCGAGGUGCACUGGCUGGAGCAGCAGGUGGCAAGGGCGGAGAAAAGAGACCUGUUCCUGGAGCCGACGGACCCCAAGUUCCCGCAGCAGUGGUACCUGUCUAACGGGAACCAGCGAGACCUGAAUGUGCGGGAGGCCUGGCGGCAGGGCUGCACCGGGCGAGGCAUCGUGGUCUCCAUCUUAGACGAUGGCAUUGAGAAGAACCACCCGGAUCUAGAAGCCAAUUACGAUCCUGCGGCCAGCUUCGAUGUCAACGACCAGGAUUCGGAUCCCCAGCCGCGCUACACCCAGAUGAAUGACAACAGGCACGGCACGCGGUGUGCGGGUGAAGUGGCCGCUGUGGCCAACAAUGGCAUCUGUGCCGUGGGAGUGGCAUACAAUGCCAGGAUUGGAGGGGUGCGCAUGCUGGAUGGGGAGGUGACGGACGCUGUGGAAGCCCAGUCCUUGGGCCUCAACCCCAACCACAUCCACAUCUACAGCGCCAGCUGGGGCCCCGAGGACGACGGCAAGACGGUGGAUGGCCCCGCCCAUCUGGCCGAAGAGGCCUUCUACCGAGGUGUCAGCCAGGGGCGCAAUGGGCUGGGCUCCAUCUUUGUGUGGGCCUCGGGGAAUGGCGGCCGGGAGCACGACAGCUGCAACUGCGACGGCUACACCAACAGCAUCUACACCCUCUCCAUCAGCAGCACCACCCAGGCGGGGAACGUGCCCUGGUACAGCGAGGCCUGCUCCUCCACCCUGGCCACCACCUACAGCAGCGGCAGCCAGAACGAGAAGCAGAUCGUGACCACGGACCUGCGGCAGAAGUGCACGGAAUCGCACACGGGCACCUCGGCCUCCGCCCCCCUGGCCGCUGGCAUCAUCGCCCUGGCCCUCGAAGCGAACAAGAACCUCACCUGGAGGGACAUGCAGCACCUGGUGGUGAGGACCUCAAAGCCCGCCCACCUCAACACCAAUGACUGGGCCCUUAACGGGGUGGGCCGGAAAGUCAGCCACUCCUAUGGCUACGGCCUCUUGGACGCUGGGGCCAUGGUGGCGCUGGCCAAGAACUGGACCUCGGUGGGCCCCCAGCGGAAGUGCGUGGUGGACAUCCUCGUGGAGCCCAAAGACAUCGGGAAGCGGCUGGAGGUGCGCCAGCGGGUGGAGGCCUGCCGGGGGAAGGCCAGCUACAUCAGCCGGCUGGAGCACGUGCAGGCCCGCCUCACACUGUCCUACAACCGGCGAGGGGACCUGGCCAUCCACCUCAUCAGUCCCGCGGGCACCCGCUCCACGCUCCUGGCUGCCAGGCCCCAUGACUACUCAGCUGACGGCUUCAACGACUGGGCCUUCAUGACAACGCAUUCCUGGGACGAGGACCCAGUGGGGGACUGGGGGCUGGAGAUAGAAAACACCAGCGGCGCCAAUAACUACGGGACCCUCACCAAGUUCACGCUGGUGCUGUACGGGACAGCCACGGACCCCCCCAGCCUCCCCAACCAGUUUGAGAGCAGCGGCUGCAAAACACUGGCUACCGGCCAGGCUUGCGUGGUGUGUGAAGAGGGAUUCUACCUCCAUCAGAAGAGCUGUCUCAAGAUGUGCCCGCCUGCCUUCGCCCCUGGCACCGUGCCCCCACCUCUGGAGAACAGCCUCGACCCGCACCUGAGCCCCCGCCUCUGCGUGCCCUGCCACCCAUCCUGUGCCACCUGCGUGGGCCCCGGGCCCGGCCAGUGCUUGUCCUGCCCGGCCCACGCCCACUACAACGUCCAGGAGCAGACGUGCUCCCACCAGACCCAGAGCAGCCGGGCCUCGCCCGCCCUGCAGGACGGGGGGGCGCUCUUCACGCCCCCCUCCCACCUGCCCAUCCUGGUGGCCAGCCUGAGCUGUGCCUUCAUCGUCCUGGUCUUCGUCACCGUCUUCCUCGUGCUGCAGCUGCGGUCGGGACUGCGCCUCCGUGGGGUGAAGGUCUACUCACUGGAGAGCGGAGGCAUCGUGGCCUACAAGGGCCUUCCGUCCCACGCCUGGCAGGAGGGGCUGGAGGAGGAGGAGGAGGAAGGGGGGGAGCGGACUGCCUUCAUCAGAGACCAGAGUGCUCUUUGAUGAGCCUGCGGGCCCCCCCUCCGGCACAGCGGGGGGAGGCCGGCCGGGGGGCCCCAGAGUCUCCGUUUGCUCCCUCCCCCUCCUGGAGCCAAGCUGAGCCCUGCUGUCUGUGGGCGGAUGGAUGCUGCUGGAGCUGGCACUCAGUCGCCCCGUUCCGGUUUUAACUCACCAAAGUGUUUUUAAACUGGACCAGUUUGUCUGUCCCCCUUCUGGUGGGAGAGACGUGGGCAGGCAGGGGGCCACCUCCUGUCCUCUGGAGGGGAAGGAAGGUGGAGAGGAGCCAUAUUGGGAGGGGGAGGAAAGGCUGGAGAGCUUGUGACGCCCCCCCCCCCUUGGUGUGUCUUUGGCAGGCACCCGCUCCAGCCUCAGCUGCCCCCUGCCCUGCCAGCCGCUCACUGCUGGGGGCCGCCUGCUCCUCCUGGCAUGUCCUGGCCCCUGGCCCUGCUGCCUUGGGAGGGGGGCUGGGAGGAGGACUGCUGCACCUCUGGAGGAGCCCGGGCCUCCCUCCUGCCCUCCCUGCCUCUGCCCAAAGUCACUGGAGCUUCCAUCUUUCCUCAUGUGCCUUGUAGCCCGUCUCCUCUUGGACGACAGACAAUCUUCUGCUGGGCCUGGCCUCCUCCUCCUGCUGCUGCUGCUGCUGGACUCGCCCUCCUGCUGGACACACUGCUGCUGCUGCUGCUGCUGCAGUUGGGGGCGGUGGCGGCGGGGGCACAAAACAGGGGCUGCCCGGGACUCUUUUUCUAUAACGACUUUUUGGUGCACAAAAAUUUCUUGUAAUUUAAGCAAGGAGCCGAUUCCUGCGGCCAGAUUUUUUUUUAAUUUAAUGGAUGUGGAUAUAACGCUAGAGAGAUUAAAGUUUAUUAAAUGGUGGAACUAUGCAAA